AUGUCAGUAGAAAGUAGUAGUAGUAAUAGUAAUAGUAAUGAUACAAUAAAUGUACCAGAAGAAGAAUCAAAAAGUAAUAAUUCAGGUAAAAUAGCAAUCAUUGUUGCUGUUUGUAUUGCUAUUGGUGUAUUGGUAACUGCAAUCAUAGUAAGAAGAGCUAUAGUUCACAUGUCAAAAAGACAUUUACAACAACAACAACCAGCAGCAGCAAGUCAAGGUCCAACUAGAUUAUCAACAUUUCAAUCAACACAAAAUAAUAACAGACCAUCUACUAUUUCUCCAUCUUCUCCUAUUUCUCCGUCACACCCAGAUUAUAUGCUACAAACUCGUUAUAAAUACCCAUUCGCAACGAUUGAUGUUUUGAUCGACACAUUACAUCAUCAAACGAAUAAUAAUAAUAAUAAGAUAUCAUCAUCAUCUCCAAUGGUAGAAGCAUGGUUAAUUAUAGUAAUAAUUGGAGGAGCAGUAGCAAUUGGAUUAAUGAUAUUUGGUUUAGUACUUAAAGCAUGUAGGAUUGAAAGAUCAAGAACACAAAUGACAAGACAAUUUCAAAUACAAAAAGAAAACCGAGAGAGGCAAGCUAGAGAAAGUGAUGUAGUAGGUCUAGAUCAAAAUGUAGAAAUGGUAUCCUUUUCAUCGCCAGUAGUAGUAUCUCCAUAUCAACCAACACCAAGUUAUCCUCAACCAUCUGCUCCUCCACCACAACCACAACCACAACCAUAUUAUAAUGAUCAACCUGUAAAUUUAAACAAAGAUUAUGAUCAAAAUGUAUAA